CCCUCUCUCCAUCUCUCGAAUUCAUCGUUUUCUGUAAAUUGAUCACAUGAAUAAACGGAAACUCAAUUCAAUUCGCAUUAGGUUACUACAAUAGAUCUAUUUUUCUGUGUAUUUGGAGAUGGCUCCAAAACAGCCAAAUACAGGUCUUUUCGUGGGUUUGAACAAGGGUCAUAUUGUUACCAAGAAGGAGUUGGCACCAAGACCAUCUGAUCGUAAAGGGAAAACUAGCAAGAGGGUUCACUUUGUGAGAAGUUUGAUUAGGGAAGUUGCCGGAUUUGCACCCUAUGAGAAGAGGAUUACCGAGCUUCUGAAGGUUGGAAAAGACAAGCGUGCUCUUAAAGUCGCAAAAAGAAAGUUGGGCACCCACAAGAGAGCAAAGAAGAAGCGUGAGGAGAUGUCCAAUGUGUUGAGGAAGAUGAGGUCUGCUGGAGGAGGAGAGAAGAAAAAGUGAUGAUCCAUCAAAAUAUUGUAGGAACCUUAAUGUUUUGAAUGCUUUACUUUAGUUGGAAUGACUUUGUUUAGUGAAAUUUUAUGUCCAAUUUUGGAUUUGCCGGCUCUUUUAUACAUUUUUUUGAACUUAGUCUGAACUUAUUUAUGCUGAAAUGAUUAAUCAAUGACAUUUGUUAAUGUAGUUAUGAUGUUACAUUGUUA